AUGCGUUCGCAUGAUAAAUCAUGUUUGUUGCUUUUUGGUAGAUUAUUACAACAAUAUAUAGUUGAUAGUUACAUAAAAUUAGAAACACAAAGGUUAGCUUUUUAUAGAAAUCAACAACAAGAGUUAAGACAAGAGUUCCUUCAAGGGGUGGUAGAUGCUAUGGCAAGUGGUGAAACGAGUGCAUCAUCUAUUGGCCAACGAGUGGUUUUACCAGCAACUUUUAUUGGUGGUCCACAGAACAUGAGAAUAAAAUACAUUGAUGCUAUGGCAUUAGUGCAAAAGUUUGGUAAGCCAUACAUUUUUGUAACAUUAACCUGUAACCCUAAUUGGCCAGAAAUCAAACAACACAUGAUGUGUCACGAGGAAACACAAAAUAGAGCAGAUUUAAUUGUUAGAUUCUUCCAUGCAAAACUUGAGCAAUUUAAGAAAGAAAUUUUUAAAAAUGAAAUUUUUGGUAAGGUUAUUGCACAUACUUAUGUUGUGGAGUUUCAAAAAAGAGGACUACCACAUGCUCAUUUUUUACUUAUACUUGAACCACAACAUAAGAUGUACCAUGCAGAAGAGUAUGAUGAGAUAGUUUCAGCCGAAAUACCAGAUAAACAUUCAAAUCCUCAUAUAUUUAGAAUGGUGGUAAAACAUAUGCUUCAUGGUCCAUGUGGUGAUCUUAAUCCAAAAAAUGGGACAAGAGUAUUGGCCUUAGUCUAUAGUAAUGACCUUGACUUUUUUGAAAAUACAUUCAAACCAUACAAUCGCUAUCAAAUUUCCAAUGCAAAUUUGAGACUCACAGAACCACGUUUUCAACUUGAUUCAUAUGAAUUUUCUUGGACACUAACCAAACAAACACUCAUUGAACCCAUCGAAGAACAAACCCCACCACCACUUCCAUGCCAAUUUCACUUUACCCCAUUUAGUGAACUAUACAAGUAUGCAGAUGUAAGAGGUGUUGUAAUUAAAUGCUUCCCAAUUCAGCAUGUGAAAAAGGGAUCAGAAACAUCAUCAAAAAGGGACGUAAUCAUUGUCAAUGAGGAGAAAAAACUUCUAAUUCUAACAUUAUGGAAUCCCAUCGAUGAAAUUGAAGGAAAUGCCUUGGUCAAAAUAACCAAUACUGGGCCUUUGGUAUUUGCAAUGAGGGUAAAUGUGACAACAUUCUAUGGACAAUCACUCACUACAAGCCCCAGAUCUGCGAUUCUUAUAAAUCCACCAGUGAAAGAUGAUUUAGCGCUACAAGACUGGUACACAAUUAACAAAGAAGAAAUUAAAGGACUCCUUCAGAAUGAAACAUACAAGGAUACUGAGAUUCUGUUGCCAUCUCCCGAAAACAAAGACAUACUUCCAAUAGGCAGGGCAAUUAUAAGGAUGAAAAAUGGUAAACCAACUUGGAUAAAAGGAAAUCUCAAUCUACCUCAUCAAGAUAGAAGUUUCACACAAACAAUAUGUGCUAUGUGUUUAAAACCAAUUCAAGCAGAUGUAAACUGGAACAUCAAAUGCCCUCUUUGUAAAGAGAAAUCUGAAGUACAUAUCAUCUCAAGGGCAAUAAUUGAAAUCGAUGAUGGAACUGGAACAAUUGUUGCAAGCAUAUCAACACCAGAAAUUGAAAAGUUAAUUCCAUUAAAACCCAAUGAAAUCAGAGAUAUAGGAGAAAGUGAAAAAAAUGUACAUGAUGUUAUUGCAUCAUCAGUUCAAGGAUUAUCAGUUGUCUCAUUUGUCCGAUCAUAUCAAUCAUGGAACCAACAACAACAAAUCACAAGAUUUGUCAUUGUCAAGCUGCAUAAAGUUCAAGAACAUUACACCAAAGACCAACAACUACUCAAUCCAUCAACUAAAUCUGAAACUCUGUCAACAACAAAACCAGCCUCACCUAAGCAAACCCAAAAGCGUAUCCAGCUAGAUGUAGGGAAAACAAAAGUGACGGAAUCGUCAUCUGUUGGCACAUCAAGACCAACUAAAAAAUGA